AUGUGGGGUCCGCUGCUCGCCCUGGCCGCCUUCGCGCCUGCCGUCGGUGUGGGCCUGGGGGCGCCGGGGGCCUCGGCGCCGGAGCUGGCGCGGCCCGCGACCACCGGAGCGCCGGGCUCGACUCCGGCCCCGCGUAGCAGCCCUGCACUGCAGCCCGCGAAGGCGAACGGGACUGUGAAACAGCACACCUGGAUUCGAGUCGUCCGGAAGAAAAAGGUUAUUCUGAAGAAGCGAAAGAAACCAACAAGUCCAAGUUCCCCAGUGACUGCCAAGCCUUUGGUGACCACCAGCCCAGCCAGGAUGCUCAACCUCCUUGAGAAACAGGAGCCAGGCUGUCCCCCUUUGGGCCUGGAGUCCCUCCGAGUUUCAGAUAGCCAGCUCGAGGCUUCCAGCAGCCAGUCUUUUGGUCUGGGACCACACCGAGGACGGCUCAACAUCCAGUCAGGCCUGGAGGAUGGUGAUCUGUAUGAUGGGGCCUGGUGUGCCGAGCAGCGGGACACUGAGCCAUGGUUCCGAGUGGACGCUAGGAAACCCACCCGCUUCUCAGGCAUUGUCACACAGGGCAGGAACUCUAUCUGGAGGUAUGACUGGGUCACAUCAUACAAGGUCCAGUUCAGUAAUGACAGUCAGAUCUGGUGGGGGAGUCAAAAUCUCAGCAGUGGGAUGGAUGCGGUAUUUCCUGCCAACUCUGACCCAGAAACUCCCGUGCUGAAUCUCCUGUCUGAGCCCCAGGUGGCCCGCUUCAUUCGUCUACUACCACAGACCUGGCUAGAGGGAGGCUCGUGUUGCCUCCGAGCAGAGAUCCUGGGCUGCCCCAUCUCAGACACUAAUGACCUGUUCCCUGAGGCUCACGCACUGGGGUCCUCUGACCCUCUGGACUUCCGGCAUCACGAUUACAAGGCCAUGAGGAAGCUGAUGAAGCAGGUGAAUGAGCAGUGCCCCAACAUUACCCGGAUCUACAGCAUCGGAAAGAGCUACCAGGGCCUAAAGCUGUAUGUGAUGGAGAUGUCAGACCAUCCUGGAGAGCACGAACUUGGGGAGCCUGAGGUUCGUUACGUGGCUGGCAUGCAUGGGAAUGAGGCCCUGGGGCGUGAGUUGGUUCUGCUCCUGAUGCAGUUCUUGUGCCGGGAGUACCUGCGAGGCGACCCCCGAGUGACCCGGCUGCUCAGUGAGAUGCGCAUCCACCUAUUGCCCUCCAUGAACCCUGAUGGCUAUGAGAUUGCCUACCGCCGGGGCUCAGAGCUGGUGGGCUGGGCAGAGGGUCGCUGGACCUAUCAAAGCAUUGACCUUAACCACAAUUUUGCUGACCUCAAUACACCACUGUGGGAUGCAGAGGAUGAUGGGCUAGUGCCACAUACUGUCCCCAACCAUCACCUGCCACUGCCCACUUACUACACCCUGCCCAAUGCAACUGUGGCUCCUGAAACACGGGCAGUGAUCAACUGGAUGAAGCGGAUCCCCUUUGUGCUGAGUGCCAACCUUCACGGGGGUGAGCUGGUGGUGUCCUAUCCAUACGACAUGACUCGGACCCCAUGGGCGGGCCGUGAACUCACGCCUACGCCAGAUGACGCCGUCUUUCGGUGGCUCAGCACUGUCUACGCAGGCACUAAUCGGGUGAUGCAGGACACAGAUCGCCGGCCCUGCCACAGCCAGGACUUCACCUUGCAUGGCAACAUUAUCAACGGGGCUGACUGGCACACAGUCCCUGGGAGCAUGAAUGACUUCAGUUAUCUACACACCAACUGCUUUGAGGUCACUGUGGAGCUGUCCUGUGACAAAUUCCCUCAUGAGAGUGAGCUGCCCCAGGAGUGGGAGAACAACAAAGAUGCCCUCCUCACGUACCUGGAACAGGUGCGCAUGGGCAUUUCGGGAGUUGUGCGGGACAAGGACACGGAGGAGGGGAUUGCCGAUGCUGUCAUCGCUGUGGAUGGGAUUAACCAUGAUGUCACCACGGCAUGGGGUGGGGAUUACUGGCGGCUGCUGACCCCAGGGGACUAUAUGGUGACUGCCAGUGCUGAAGGGUACCAUUCAGUGACACGGACCUGCUGGGUCACCUUUGAAGAGGGUCCGACCCCCUGCAAUUUCCUGCUCACCAAGACUCCCAAACAGAGACUGAGAGAGUUGCUGGCAGCGGGGGCCAAGGUGCCCCCAGACCUUCGGAGGAGGCUGGAGCGACUUCGGGGACAGAAGGAUUAACACGUCCAGCUGAAGAGAACCAGGGCCUUGGGCAGGCUGGACCUGUCCAGAACUAAUGGGGAAGACUGGAGAGGGAGGGUCACUGUAGAGGAGCGGGCACUCUGGCUCAUUAAAGCUACCUGCCCUCUU